AUGAAGUUGUCCUCAUGCCUAGCGGCUGUUGUGGGCAUUGGCCUCACCCCUGGCGCGGCCGCUCACCAGGUCCACGGGAUCCUCAUCGUCAACGGCACCGCAAGCCCACCAUGGAAAUACGUCCGCGACGUAUCCCAAUUUUUGAACAUGGAGCGACUCUCCCCCGCUGAUGAAUACCCCAAGACCAUCCCACAAGGAACCUCGGACCUGAACAGCUCCAACAUCACCUGCGGAAGAAGGGCGUUCGACUGGGCGGCCAAGACGGAGACGGCCGAUGUGUUGGCUGGCUCCGAGGUGGGCUUCCGCGUUUCGUGGUCCCUCAACUGCACGAACCAUUAUGCUCCCGAAUACGCCUGCGGGGUGAGCUACUUUUAUCAUGACGGCCCGGGGCAGAUUUACCUGUCCCGGGCUCCCAACGACGACCUGGAGAGCUACGAAGGAGGAGACGGCGACUGGUUCAAGAUUGCCUACGCAGGUCCGGCCUCCAACAGCACGUGGACGCUUCGUGGCACGCCCGAUUGGAACUUUACCAUCCCCGCGACCACGCCGCCGGGCAAGUAUCUGAUGCGCAUUGAGCAGUUCUGGCCUACCGGCACCGACCACAGCCAGUGGUUCAUCAACUGCGCCCACAUCAACAUCAUCGGCCCGGGCGGAGGCACUCCAACGGGAUUUGCCAAGUUCCCGGGCACUUAUCAGCCCGGCGACCCGGGUUUCAAUUACUUGCCUCGCGGCAUAUAUGGGGGGCUGGAGGAUGAGAUGAGACUUCUGGACUAUCGGCCGCCUGGCCCGGAGCUGUGGACUGGUUGA